UCUCUCUCUCUCUCUCUGCUCCUGCCUCCUUGUUUUCCUGCACUGCCCAACCUCUUCUGCUAGCAUUACCUUUUGCAGUGUCUCUCUGUGCUGCAUUAAAGCUCCUUUAUUCAUUUUAUAAGGAAGAGGAUUUCGGGGGCACACAGGAGGCAUCGUCAUCAUAAGCCCCCGCACACGUUUUUUUCGUCCCUUCUCCCAUUCGCCACAUAUUACAAUUGCUCAUUUUGCUAUGCUUUGCCCGUGGAGGAUGUAUUAGAAGAGAUCUAUGGCUCGCUAAAGGGAAACCCACCCAAAGCCCUCUCUCUCUCCCUGCUGACAGCAGCCUUCGAGAAGAGCCCUGUGGAGUACGGGAGCUAUAUGAUCAGCACUUCAUAGGUGACAAUGAGAUUGCUCCAUCCAGGAGUUCCUUCUUUUGUGCUGACCUCUGUUACAAGAAAAGGACAUGUGCUUUUGCAGACAGUCAGAAAGAUGAAGACCAAUUGAGGAAUAUAAUGGAGCCUAGAACAGUCUGAGGAGUCACAAUGACCACAGAGGUAGGGGCUGAAACUGAAUUAAAUCCUGGUGCAGAUGGGCCUGCCCAGGAUGGAGUACACAAUCCUGCACUACUUCCACCUGACACGCCGCAAACCCCUGCUAACAAUGUAGACCGCUCAGGAUUCAACGAGAAUUUAAGGAGAAACACAGAUAGUGAAGAGAGGCUUGAUGUAUCACAAGACAGAACAACACCAUCUCAUAAUCAGAGAUCGCCGCAGAGAAAUCGAAAACCCAAGAAUGCACUUUGUAGGGUGACGCUCCUGGACUCUUCCCACUAUGAGUGCGAAGUGGAGAAACAUUCCAGGGGGCAGGUCCUGUUUGAUACUGUAUGUGCACACCUUAACUUGCUGGAAAAAGAUUACUUUGGACUUACAUUCUGUGACACCGACAGUCAGAAGAAUUGGCUGGAUCCCUCCAAGGAGAUAAAAAAACAGAUCAGAAGUGGACCCUGGACAUUUGGUUUCACGGUGAAAUUUUAUCCUCCUGAUCCGGCUCAACUCACGGAAGACAUCACAAGGUAUUAUCUGUGCCUACAGUUGCGUGCUGACAUCAUCAGUGGGCGUCUACCCUGUUCUUUCGUCACUCAUGCCCUGUUGGGGUCUUAUACUGUACAAGCUGAGCUUGGCGACUAUGACCCUGAGGAAAAUCAAGGGAAUUAUGUUAGUGAACUUCGUUUCUCCCCUAAUCAAACAAGAGAGCUGGAAGAAAGAGUCAUGGAGCUGCACAAGACAUACAGAGGAAUGACUCCAGCUGAGGCCGAAAUUCAUUUUCUAGAAAACGCCAAGAAGUUGUCAAUGUAUGGAGUAGAUUUACACCAUGCUAAGGACUCUGAAAGUAUAGAUAUAAUGCUGGGAGUUUGUGCCAAUGGGCUCCUAAUCUACAGAGAUAGGUUGCGAAUAAAUCGGUUUGCCUGGCCCAAAAUCUUGAAGAUUUCAUACAAAAGAAGCAACUUUUACAUUAAGAUCCGACCAGGGGAGUAUGAACAAUUUGAAAGUACCAUUGGAUUCAAACUACCGAAUCACAGAGCCGCCAAGCGUCUUUGGAAGGUCUGCAUAGAACAUCACACAUUUUUCAGGCUGGUUUCCCCGGAGCCUGCCCCUAAGGGUUUUCUAGUGAUGGGCUCUAAAUUCAGAUACAGUGGACGAACACAGGCACAGACCCAGCAAGCAAGCGCCUUAAUAGAUAGGCCUGCCCCUAACUUUAAGCGCUCUGCCAGCAAACGGUACACACUGUCCCAGAGUCACGAAGGAGGAUUUGCAAAACAGGCUGCAGUCAAUGAAAACCAUGACCAUGAGUCUACACCAGAGAAUAACCAUGAACCAUCCGAGCAUGAGGGAGAGGAAGAAGGGGAGGAGGUGACAACUCCAACCAAAAUUAAGGAGCUGAAGUCGGAGCAAGAGAGCACUCCCCGGCACAAGGAGUUUCUGGACAAGUCACAGGAUGUCCUACUAAAGCAUCAGGCCAGUAUCAAUGAGCUGAAGAGAACGCUGAAACAACCCAACAGCAAACUAGUCCACAGAGAACGUGGGCGGGAAAAGAGGCUUCCUUCCUCACCUACAUCCUCUUCCUCCAAACACGAGGACACAGAGGAAACUGGAAAAAGAGAAGAAGAUGAGACAGAUGCUACAGCUGCUCAAGAUUCAGAUGUCUUCACCCAAAAAAGCUUGGCCUCGUCUCCCGAGGGCAUGGAGCAUUGGGUUUUCAUAGAAAGGAGAACAGAAAACUCUGAUGCUUCAUUUGAAGAGGUGCCAAAAUCUCAAACUGUCCAGAUCUUUGGGCAGGAUUUGUCCCCGAGCAGGGAAGAUCCCAUGCAACUUCCCAAGGAUAGGGAGGAAAGAGAAACUGAGGUCCCACAUGAGGAGAAAGGGACUGACAAAGUAGUACCAAUGGUAAAGGGAGCAGAGAGAAGAAUCAGGUUAACAAAAAGGGAGGAGCGCCUAGUGAUGGUACCUGGUGAAUGGGACACGGUAGAAAAUAAAGCCAGGACAGCACCAGAUGGUGCUCCUUCAGAUGAUAGCAGAGAAUGGGCUGUAAAGAUGGACAAUGUAAAACAUGGCCAAGUCUGGAGUAGAGGAGAGGAGCUAGAUGGAGAAGAACCCUCUAUAAAGCGGACAGAGAGAGGCAUGAUAGCGUCUGGAUCAUCAGAAAGACCUCAUGAUAUAAACAGAACCAUUGUGGAGAUUGGAGAGAGCAGACGUGUCAUUUUAUAUGACGAAGAAGAAGCGGAUGACAGCAAUGAUGAAACUGAAGGCGAGUGGAACAAUGAUGUCCACUGGGAAGACCAGCAAAAAACUUUAAUAUGGUGUGAGAGUUCUGGUUACCAGCAGCCAAGAAUAUCUGAAAAUGUAGAAGAAAUAGACAUAUGUGCAUCAUUCCCGCAUCAUCAUGAGCAAAUGCAAUCUUCCGUAUUAAAUGGAAGAAAAGAUGAAAACCAACAAGACAAAAAAGUUAUGGAAACACUUAGGGAAUAUGUCACAACUGAUAUCCUAAUGCCAGAUGAUUAUGCAGAAGAAAUGACUGAGGAUGGCUGUGCAACAAGCGAAGAUAAUACAGAAGAUGCUUUGGCAGCUAGACUUCCGAAUGAAUUAAUGUCUUCAAGUGUUCAAAUGAUGGCCGAAAGGGGCGCAGAAGAUUUACCUUUGGAAGAUUGGGGCCCACCAGUGCUUCACUUUAUGCUACCAACCAUCAUACCAUUACCAGUGAGUCUACCCAGAGAACGCGGUCAUCAAGAGGUAGCUGCAGCCAGCAAUCCAAGUGAACGAAUUCUUGUCCAACCAAAUCCUAGGCAUGAGGCUGCUCCUUAUCAAGAAGAGAAUGCCAGUCCUGCUGAAUCCACAACAGACACUCCUGGAGAACUUUCAUCUCCAGAUUCAGGCUGUGAAAUAACACUCACCGAUGCGGCGAGUCAACCACUUGAGUCAACAUCUUGGGAGGAAAGGGACAUCCCGUCUGCCCUCAAAGAGGUCUCCCUGCCGGACCAGGGUUAUAGGAAAUCCGGGAUUGUCCUUUUUCAGAGAGUGAGCAGCAGGGAAGCAGAUGAAGGACGCACUACAGGAGAGGAGGAGCAGAGUGCAGGGCUUCUCAAAGAAAACCAACUAAGCAUUGAGAGGAAGUGCUCAAGCAUAACCGUCAGUUCUACAUCAAGCCUAGAGGCGGAGGUGGACUUCACAGUCAUUGGAGAUUAUCACUCCAAUGUAGGCUUUGAAGAUUUCACACGUAGCCUGCCAGAGUUGCACAGAGACCAGGGUGAUGGUGCUGGGGGCACAACCGAGAGCCCUGCAUCUGCAUCCCAAGAAGCACACGAAGGAGACAAGCCAGAGGAGGAGACAACGGAGUCACACCUGAAAACGGUACAGAAAGAAAGCACCACUAGUGUGAAUGCGUUCAGCAAGACAGAUGGAGAAACUGUUACACACACACAGGUUACUACUGUGCAACCCACUCAGGCUGAGGAGAACAGGACCGACCCUGGAAGUGGAGAUCCGGCAAAAGUCAUGUCAUCUAGUGAGAGCCCCCAGCCCCUACAAGCAGAUGUGACUCGUACUCAACAUGUUUCCCACACUGCAAAUGUUACGCACGGCGCAGAAACAUUGUCAUCAUCCACAACUACCCAUGUGACAAAGACGGUGAAAGGUGGAUUUUCUGAGACAAGGAUAGAAAAGAGAAUAAUUAUUACUGGAGAUGAAGACGUGGACCAAGAACAGGCCCUCGCCAUGGCUAUAAAGGAGGCAAAGCUGCAACACCCAGAUAUGCUGGUCACUAAGGCAGUGGUGUACUGCGAAACAGAUCCUUCUCCUGAGGAGCCUGGAGAGAAAGUGCAGCAAUCUUGACCUUGGAUUAUGGAUGUCAAUCCUUCCUUUCAUCUCCCUUUCUCUGCCCAUGUCUCAUAAAAUAUGGACUGUCCUCCCUUCCCUCAUCCUACAGCAACAUGUCAGCUGCAAAGCCUCAAAAUCGGAAAGGGGCCUCUGAAACCAUGCUGACAGCAUUCCCUGACAACGAAAGACUUGUCACCUUCCCGGGAGCAGAGUAACAUCUCUUGUGAAGAUGACUACGGGACACUUCCUUCUUGUGCAUCAGCCCUACGAUCGCUCCUCUUCUGAGAAGCAUGCCUAGCAAUGCGUGAAUAGAAUGCAUGUGGCAUCUGCAGAGUCAAUUUUAUCUGCGUACUUAGGAAAAUUUGUGCUUCGAAGGGAAUCCCUCAACGUUCUUCGGGGCGCUCCUGCAACAACGGGGUUAAUAAUUCUUCAUAAACUCAUCAUUUGUUAUACGCAUUAGAAAAUCUAGCAAAUCUCUCUGAUAUAUUUCAGCCGGGAAAUCUCUCAUAUAUAGAUACUUAGCGCUGUACGAUUCUGUUCUGAUAAUCUGCAGUGAAAAUGUCACAUUAGGUAGAAUUGCAGCAGUGGAGUCUGUUCUGAUAAUACAAUGUUUAACCCUGGUCCCGUUUAGUAUGGAUUUCUGUUCUGCACAGCUAGUGAUAUGGAAAGGAAAGGCGACUGAAAUUCUUUAAAUACUCUUUAGACUGUUGUUCUUUGGACACUGCUAGAAGGACUUUCUGCACAGUUAACCCAUUUGUUGCUGGCGGUGGAGUCAGAAGAUGUCCUUGAUAGUUGGGAAAGAAAGGCUGAGCCGUGUGUGUGUGAAAAAAAGGUUUUAACGUCGCACAGGGGGAGGCCUGAUCCACUGCAAUGCUGUGCUCUCCUCCAGUCCCUCCUCCUCCCUGUGCACCGUGAUCACUGCUCUGUAGCCAAUAAAAACAAAGUCGGUGUGA